AAAAACACCACCAAGCUGUUUUGUGUGUUAAUGGUUUUUGGUGUCUAGAAAAUGAGCCGUUUAAAAAAACCUCACGAUUGUUAAGUCAGAAAAUGGAACUGUGUGGUUACCUAGGAACCCCAGCUGAGCCGGGCCGUUCCCUAGCAACCGAAGUGGUGCUCCAGGACGUUUGGUCAGCUGGUUUUACCUCUGUAAAACCUCUGAUUUUGUUAAAAAAAAAUUAUUUACAUGUUUUGUAAAGCCUGUAGACAUACAGGCUCAACGAAGCAUAAUCGGUCACCUCCAAGAAAGAUAAUCGGAAUGAACAAAACGUAAACAGUCACUGAAAUAAAUGAACGUUUCAGUAACUAUCCUGAAUAAAGACCAGCUAACGAGAGUCCGACUUUAGAGUCAGAGGUAUAUUUCUGGCCUCACACACAGAUGGUUUCUGUCACCGAUCUUCCUCUGUCUGGCCCGGUCAGCACAGAUGGUCCGGUCGUGAUUACUCCAACAGGUCUAACGAGGAUUUAGCACCUUAGCUGUGACGGUACGAGACAGAGCACAGAUGGAGGAUCAGUCGCCGUCGAGAUGCAAGUCAGGAGUUUUCUGGCUUGAGUUUGUUUACUGAAGAGCUUAGACUGGAAAACUGAUCCUGACCAGAGACUAUGUCUUGUUUGGGUUCCGGUUGACCGCCAACAGCACCUGGUUUUACAUCCAGUCCUUUCAGAGAUUUUAUUUAAUUGAUCACACUAACUAUUUUUAUCAAUUUUCAAUGAGUCAGUUUCUCCAGGACUGAUUUCCCCUGAAUUAUAUUUAAAUUUAUACUUGACAUGGCAAGAAAAGGAGUUGGUUACACAAUGAAAACAUUGUUUGUUGGGCCAGUUUUGACCAACUUUCUAGAUGCCAACAAAUGAGUCACAAAUGUUUGACAAAGAGAAACUAACUAGGUUUGCUUGGGGUUAAUCAGUGCUUCAUCAUGUUUGGCAGAGGAAAGAAGAAAAAAAAUUAGAAACAAUUUCAUAAAGUUUGGUUUCUUUCACAACAUCUGUUGUUUUAAGAAUCCUUGAAAUCUUGUGUGAGUUUUGGUAUAAUUACUCAUUUCAGGACUUAGUUUUAAACUUUGUCAUGGUAGAGAGACAUCACUGAAGAUCUUAAACUCAGCAUCUGUGCUUAGAAUGAACUUUAAUGAAGAUUAAAGUUGAUGAAAGUGUGUUUUUGUUGCUUUUUGUUUAUAAUGAAAUAUUAGAUGCUACUAGACCCCUGCAUGUCUGACAUAAGCCAUCCCUUAUUCUCUCUGCUGUGUUUUAGCUUUAGGUUAAAUCUCCCUCCCACCAGGCUAAAGCCCCGCCCACUUGAUAUAAACCACACCCAUCUAUUUCCAGUGUGUUUUAGCUUGAGCGUUAGCUCACUUGAUACAUUCUACAUCCCAUCUACUUGGUGUGUUUUGGCUAUAGCAUUAGCACAAAAGCCCAGCCCACUUGAUAAAAGUCACACCUCAUCUAUUUCUGCUGUGUUUUAGCGUUAGCACAAAAGCUCCGCCCACUUGAUGGUAGCCAAGCCUCAUCUAUUUCCAGUGUUUUUUAGCUUUAGCGUUAGCUCACUUGAUACAUGCUACAUCCAAUCUACUUCUGGUGUGUUUUGGCUCUAGUAUUAGCACAAAAGCUCUGCCCACUUAAAACAGGCUACAUCCCAAAUAUUUCUACUGUGUUUUAGCUUUAGCACAAAAGCUCCGCCUACUUGAUAGAAGCCACGCCCUCUUUCUCUGCUUUCCUUAGCUUUAGCUGCGGUACGCCUCUCACCAGAUCAAUCCCAAAUCCCAGUUUUUGAGCUGUAAUGAUGCACAUUCUGUCACUUUUUCUGAUUUCUCAGUCGGAACACGGGUAAAUAAAUCUGACUUUGCCUCAGAGUUAAUUUUUACUCUAAUUCUGCAGAAUUAAAUGUGAAACGACAUUCUGAAUUAUGUAUCAGAAAAUAAAUAAGAGUAGAUUCAGAACCUGCACAGUUUUGCCAACCAAGAAGCUCUGUGUUUUAUGUAAAUAUUCCCCAAUACUGCCAAUUUAGAUAAUCUCUGAAACACACACACACACAAAGUAAUUUGUGUUGCAAAAAACUGUCAGGUCUUACAGGGAUUUGUUGAGGAAAAGCUACUUAGUGAUAAUUCCCGACAUUCCUGAGCGCACAGAUCCCCAGAAGCUUUGUGGGAAAAAACCCUGAUGUUGAAGUGAUAAAGAGGCAUUGUUUUAUCCAGCAUGGCUGGAGAAAAUCCACCUGCUGGGAUGAGACUGGUGAGGUGGUUAAACGGGCCAAAUGAGCAAUUAACAUCGAUGAAUAUGAGCAGAACAGAUAAAUCAUUGUGCGAGUUUGCAUUGUGCACAUGCAGCGUUUUGUGUGGGACUUUCAGGGCGUGUUUGUGCUGAGGUCGAGUUUUUCUCUGUUUUCUCUUCUUUGCCUCAGUUUCUUACAGCACCAGCAGGAAUGUGACGGAUUUUUUUUUUUAAAGGCGAUUAAUCUUCAAUAGUUCCAGCAGUCAAAUAUUUACAGGCUCUGCUGCUGGGGAACAUUUCCAUUUUAUUCUGAUAGCGCAGGAGGAGUGAAAUAACAUGUAAAUGUGAAGAAUCGUCUGAACUCUGAGUCCAGUUUAUUUUAGUUUAGGUAAUUUCAAUUCGAUUCAGUUCAGCUUAUUUAUUUUCAGUUUAACCUAACUAGUUGAGUUUAUUACAAUUCAGUUUGGUUUAAUUUUAUUUGGUUUAGCUGAAUUGGUUUCAGUUUGUUUUAGUUCUAAUUCAUCACAAAUAUCUCAUAACCAGCUGAUCUCUCAGUCAAGUUAUCUAGAAAAACCCAGUCACAAGACAAGUUCCUUACUUAUGCGCUGGAUGCUAAACUAGAGAUGUCGAUUAAUAGUUUAUUAGAUUAAAAUUUGUUUAAUUCUAUUGACUAAUAACGUUCAUUUAAACCUUCUUUUGCUUUAGCAACUCCCUGUUGUAGUUUGGCCUCCAUCAGGCAGAGGGCGAUGUUGAGCCGUACCAUCACAGGAAAGAGAAACGAUCCAAACAUGCAGUUUUGUUUUGAAAUUUAAACAGCUGCAUUGGUGAGAAGAGAAGAGCGAAUUCAAGCAAAAACUUACUGAUUAGCUACAAAAGCGAGGAUGUGAUGAUGACAGAAAAACGAAGUAAAUAACAAAAAUUUGUAACACGAAGCCAAUAAGCAUGUUUGAACCUACGUUUUAAUAAUGUGAGAAAAGCGCUAUUUUCUGCUUAUUCAGUCAGUAUUUAACACAGCUGAACCCCAAAAAUGUAAUAUAAAUAUAUAUAAAAUAAUAUUAACUCAUUAAUCGAUAACAUUGGUCAACAGCCAAAACACUGUCUGGGGGUUUUCAACUGUUUUAGGGUAAUUUCGACGUGCUGAAUCCAAGAAUCACAUUGGUUUUGCUCCAUCAGGUAAACUUUCUGAACUAUGGAGCAACAUGAGCAUCAAAAUGUGUGACUUGUUCUCACGUCUGAGAAUCUGGGAUCAAUGAGUGAUGAGCAGGAGGAGAGAUGAACACGUAAUGUUCAGUUUACAUGCACUUACCCUUAUUAGUGUUUAUUAUUCAAUUUACAGAAAUACAAGUUUGUAACAUUUAAUUAAUACACUCUGUUAGGAAACAAUUUUUUUUUCUCCUAAAACAUUUUCUGGAUGAGAAAUAUUUUGGGAAAUGAACUGAUAAUGUCACAAAAAUGUCAUGAGUUCAGUCAGAAGAUUGGUAAAUCAUAUUAGAAUAAAAAACUGAUUGAGAAAAACGGAUGUAUUUUUUGGAUUCAGCGGUGCAAAUUAGUCCUAAUUCAGUUGAAAAAAACCAGACAACUUCCAAAAAAUAUUUUUGUAACCCAGUGUAACUUUCAUCCUUAUUCUAAACUAAUACAACCCAGAUAAAGUCAUUGGUUUUCUUUCCUUCCUUUAAGACAAAAGUUAGAGACGAAGCUGAGAAUAUAAAUUCUUAAAAUCACUGCAGACCUAUUAAUCCUAUAUCAGUCGUCCUGCUGUAGAAGCAGUUACAUCCUGAUGGGUGCUCUGAACCAGUGCUUCUUUCUUUCCCAGUGAUGUGGUGGUAUUUUUCCCAGUUGGCCUCAUUCCCAACACAUUUGUGCUCCCUGUGCCAUCUGUCUCACUGCUUUAUGUGGCAGACAAUGGAGGGGGGGUGUCGCUCUUCAAAGAGUGGCUGUGCAGAGCUUCCCAUAACCUCCCCCCCUUCCCAAUCCUCUCUGUCCCAUCCACUGUGGGACGGCCGGGGUCAGAGGUCGAGCCUCAGAUUUUAUGGGGGCCCCACCUCAGCUGACGUCUGUUUUAUCAGUUCAGAUGCGGAGCGGUGAACUAACAGGACCAGAAACGCACAUAAACGGUGGUUAAACUGGGUUUUAUGGGGGGGUUGUCUCGUGAGGUCAGGGUGAAGGAGUGCAGCUUGAGAACGGCUAGAGAAAUAUCUUAAGGUGGAAAUCCUGCAAACUCAGUGGAGUUCCUGGAAAGAGUUCCAGUAAAACAACCUUUUAAUUUGUAGUAAGAGAUAACUGAGUCGUCUGCAAACACAAACAUCCGAGGGAUUUCCAAAUCACGUCAAGUUGAUUUGUAUAGAAACGUUGCAUGUUGUUUACAUCCGUAAAUUUCACACAUUCUCACGCUGAAGGCCAGAAAGACUUUUCUUUUACCUGCCAUCUGUAGCUGUGCUGCCAAAGAAGAAUAAUUCUGUCAGCAAAAUGAAACCUGAAUAUGUGGGUAUUAUUAAUUUAAUGCAGCAAAGGGAAAAUAACACAGAGAAACAACUCAAAACCACUCGUACACUUACUGUACAUACAGACCCAUUACCAUAGCAACUGACUGACAACAGCUCCACUACUGUAUUAGGAUUCAAUGCAAAAAAAACCAACCCAAAACAUGCAAACAUUUCUCACACAAAGAACAAAACAUUCAGUAUGAUACAGGUUUAUGGUUUCAGGGUUGAUGUUUAGUUUGUGAUUAUCAAUAAGUGAUCGUCUGAACACAGCGGUGAUUUAUUUUAUUAGCUCAUUUAAACACCAGCUCUACAGAGUUGGUAUGUUGGGUGUCUUUUUUUUCCAACUGAACCAAAACAUCUCAAAUUCUGCAGCACAUCUGCAUGUUACGGUUGUCAUAGUCAAGCUAGCAUAACUGACCUACUUCCCUCUUCCUUGCUAUUUUUUCUUUGACCUUGUUAUAUAGAUGUCAUGUUAACAAUUAUUAGCAAAGCACUGUAUCCCAUUUUCUUUUAUAGCCUAUAUCAUGCGUACAUUUAAAAUUUAGCGUGUUAUGUUGACAACUUUUGCGACUGACUGGCGACCUGUCCAGGGUGUACCCCACCUCUCACCCGAAACGUUCGCUGGAGAUCGGCACCAGCACCCCUCCUGACCGCUCUAAGGACAAGGGUGUACAGAAAAUGGAUGGAUGGAUGUUGACAACUUGACAGCUAAAACUAAUGCUAGUUGUUGUUAGCGAACAGGUUUUUCCCCUCCAGUAGGGAGAUGGAGGGCAGGAUCUUGUGCGCAUGACGUCACAUUGCAACAAGGCAGUUCUAAGUACUUCACACCAUAAACUUAUGAAAAGGUAUUAGCCAAUUAUGAAACAAGCAAGAAGUAUUAAAUUAAAAAAACAAACAAACAUCCUAUAUGUUGUGUGACGAUCGUCUGUCUCCCAUUUUUGUCAUCGCUUUUGAGCCAGGCAUGACAAAUGGGGGCUUGUCCGGGAUUUGAACCCACGACCUCUCGUGGGUCUUUGCAGUCCACACUGCAGAGGCACAAAAUCACUCCAAAUAUUUCUAGUGAAUCUUUGUGCACUUGCAAUAAGACAAAAAAUAACUUGCAAGUCACUUUGUAGCAAGAUAAAGGAGCUUGUUUUAAGUAAAUAAUUCGCAAAUAUUGAAAAACAAUACCAGUUCUACUUGCAGAUAUUUUUUUACUUAUAACAUUUAUUAUAAAAUAAGUGAUAAACAGUGCAGUAGAAUCUGCAGGUUGAUCAGCUCCAAUAUGAAACUUUUCUGAUGCUUCUGUGUGUUUCACAUAGAAAUAUCUGUGAUAUUGUUUUGCGGUGAUCAUGAGUUUAGAAAAAACAGGUUUGACUAUUUUUUCCAACCCAAUUGUUUACAUUUAAGAGAAGAAGCAGUUCCAAAGGAACAUUAUUCACUUUUAAGAUAUUCUCUAACAAGCAUUGACAGAUUUCUAAAUAAACCGUUUCUCCCUUUAAUUGAUCUCCGAUUGGUUUUUGACAAUCUCAAGAACUAAAUCUGUUGAAUUUCAUCUCAUGUAGUUCUUCUGCAACCAUCUUUAUAUAUGCAAAAUGUAAAGUUCCUAUUGGCCCGUAUCUGUACCUCGAUAGAUGCAUUGUUUGAAGUAAGCUGGUGCCAGUUUAACCAGUUUAAACAUGUUUGCAGGCUGUGGCGCUACUCCACUUUUUCAGCUUUUAAACUCCAGCUAAUCCUUCCUUUACACCAAUAAUCUUUUUCCACUGAAUAUUGUUCUUAUCUUCAAGCACUGUUGAGUUUUAUGUUUUUUUAAUCGCAUGAUUUUCUUUAGAAAGAGACCUCAUGACUUGUCUGAAACUCAGACUCUCACAGGGACUUCAUUCUUUUGCUGCAUGGUUUUUUUUUUCUACUAGAAAGUUGGUUGUAAAACAAUGUACAGUUCAUGAGACAAGAUGAUGCACAAUAAACGGUUCCCAAGACUUUAAAGAAAACUUGAAAUUCCCAGUUUGUGUUUAUGAAGUUGAGUAAAGAGUGAAAAUAACAAAUCAAUAGUUCAGUCCAGGUUUGACUUUAAGCACUCUAAGAGCAUCUUUUUUUUUCUUGCAAAAAAGUAAGCAUUCUAAUAUUUGUAAGUAUAUUUUUAAACACAAAUGCUUAGAAAAAACUCUGUUCAGUGAAGAAUAAUGUUGUCCAGCUUUGGUAAGUUUAAGUAUGUUAGAUUUUGUUGUAGAAAUGUUGAAAUAGCAUCUUUGUUAUUUAAAACUGGCCCUUUAUGUCAGCUACAAAUCAGAUGCCAACUUCAGAAUUAUGUCCACAGACUAAAACGAAACAAUGAAAUUAUUAUUUUAUUGUGUUUUCACCAAUAUAGUACAACUUUCACGUAACAUAAAUUGCAUUUUAAGACUUUAAUUUUGUAACUAAUUUAGUUUAGGUCUGACAAAUGAAGCCUAGGCGCAAGUUCAAGCUGGAAGACUUCCGCUCCACCCAUUCCAUCUAAUUACUGCGUCAUCUUCAUCACUGGACCUCGACCCGCCUUCUCCAAUCUUCAAUCAAGCUCUGUUAAAAGGCUCCACACCCACGCCGCCAGUUGCUUUCCAGCUUUGCUCAAGUUGGUACGCGUUCGUCAUGUCUGACUUCGAGUCCGAUAUCCCUCCUGGUUCUCCGGUCGCCUCUCGUGAGGGUCCGGCUCCCCCCUCCUCCUCUCCCGUCCGCCGCAGCUCUCGUUUGGCCAUGCGCCCGGACCACCUCUCCCCAGCUUCUUUCCUUAAAUCCAAAGGCGUCUCCCUCGCCGCUGGCCUUCAAUCUCCGCAGGUUGCCUCUCUCGCUGCCCUCAUGCCGUUCAUCGACACCUCUCCGCCCUAUAUUCCUCCGUCUCCCCCUGCUCCCCCUUCAUCAGUCAGCGGGAAAAGAUCCUGCAAGUCCGUCGCUCCUCCAGCCAAGCGACGCAAGGGCCGCCCCCCCUCCUCUCAGUUGUCCUCUUGUUUACCUGGGCCUCCUUCAGCUCCACCGCCAAAUCCUAAUCCUCCUCCUAACGCUCCCGUCGUACCUCCAGAAGCCCCCGGUCCCUCCUCAGGUCCCCACUCUCUGCCUCCCCUCCCCCCCUCUUCUGACCUGGUCCUUGCGUCCUCUCUCGUCGCAUCCAUGGAUUCUCUUCAGCGUUCCGUAUCAGCGCUGUCCUACCAGCUUCAACACGGUGCUUCUAACUUCGCGGUGGCGUCCUCAAUCCCUUUCUCUGCCGCUCCAGUUGCCCCUCCUCCCUCUCUUCAGCCACCUCCAACGGUGUUCACCCUCGCUAACGCCCGGCCUGCGCCGCCUUCAGGUGCGGCUUAUACGCCUUUGCACGCCAACAUCUCUCCCAGACUGCGCUCAAAGAUACUGCAAGGACAGUACAUCAAUUUAGCUUCCAUUCUCCUUCCCUCUCCCGUAGUCGACCAAAGUAUUGCUUCAUCCGAUCAAUUUUCAGCAAUCAUUAAAUCUUCGGAUCCCCGCCUAGCGAAAGAUUUGUCUAUCGGGCAGUUCCUAGCCGCAUUCAGUGUCUUUAGGGAUGUCAUCUGUUCAGUUUACCCUGAGCGCAGAAUAGAUUUGGAUGCAUAUUUGGCAUUGAUCGCUGAUCUUCAUUUGCAAUAUGGUCGAUCUCUAUUUUAUCAAUAUCACAAAGCUUUCGCUACCAAAGCUGCCGCCGUCCUCUCCCGCUCUGGUCUGAAUCUCAACUGGUCUACUCUGGAUACGGAGAUUCUCAUCAUGCUUACCCAAGCUGUUUCAUGCCACCUGUGCGGCAUUUCGGGCCAUCUUAGCGCCUUCUGCCCAUCUCUCCCAUUUAAGCCAGGUCCUCCCGCCGCGGCUUCUCCGCCAUCUCUUCUCAGAAUCCCGUCGCAAGAUCGUCACGGCAGACAGGUGCAGGUUCAUAAUAACAUGCCUAUCUGCAAUAACUUUAAUGAAGGUGUCUGUUCAUUUCCCAAAUGUGCUUUCCUUCACAUCUGUAGUUUCUGCAGGGACGCUCAUCCCAAGUCCGUCUGCCCCCGCCGCACCUUUCCCAGCAGAAACCGUCGAGGUUUCAGGAAUUAGUUUUCCAAUUUCUUUCGACUCCCAUUCUAGUUCCCGAAUUGGCUUUCCUUUUACAGUAUCAUCCCGAUCAAUCAUUCGUUAAUUUCCUAAUCACUGGUCUCUCCCAGGGUUUUUUCAUAGGUAUACCUCAUCCCCCCGCUUCUUCUAUAGUCAUUCCAAAUCUCCAAUCAGCGCUGUUAGAUCCGAGCGCCGUCUCCCACUUAUUACAGAAAGAGGUGUCUAAAGGUUACGUCAUCGGCCCCUGCGUUUCCCCUCCCUUCUCCCUCUUUCGCGUCAAUCCCCUCGGAGUCGCGAUCCGCAAAUAUUCAGGGAAAAAACGUUUGAUUCUUGAUCUGUCUGCGCCUCAUUCUGGUUCCCACCCUAGCAUUAAUAGCCUUAUUCCGAAGCCACCCUUUUCACUCUUUUAUGCCACAGUAGAUCAUGCCAUAGCGUUAAUAAAGAAAGCCGGUCCAGGAGCGUGGCUGGCCAAAGCCGACAUUACUGACGCUUUUAAGAUCUUGCCCGUGCAUCCCUCGCAGUGGCACCUGCUGGGUGCUAAAUGGGACGAAAAAUUUUAUUUCUUUGUCCGUCUGACUUUUGGAUGCAGGAGCAGCCCCAGUCUCUUUAAUUCAUUUUCUGAAGCUCUCUGCUGGAUUUUGCUAAAUGUUGUCAAACUUCCCUCCGUGCUCCACCUCCUUGAUGACUUUCUGCUUAUAGAUCCGCCCCACCCUUUUCCCCGUUCGCUCAGCAAAUUGAAAGACCUUUUUCUCCGCGUCGGCGUUCCCCUCUCCGAGGAGAAAACUGUUGGUCCGCGAAAAAAAUUAGACUUUCUCGGCAUCUCUCUGGACUCGGUAAAAAUGGUUGCUUCGCUGCCAGCCGAUAAAUUAGCUCGCAUUCGUGAAAUCUCCCAAGCUUAUCUUUCAUCCCCGACUCUUUCCAAGCGCCAGCUUCUCUCGCUGCUCGGGCAUCUUAACUUCGCCAUGCGCAUAAUCCCUCAAGGUCGCUCUUUUAUCUCCAGGUUGCUCGACCUCGCUAAUUCAGUUCCCUCUCUAUUCGAUCGAAUCGUUUUGGAUGACGGCUGCCGCUCUGAUCUCGUUUUUUGGUCCUCUCUGCUUAACUCCUGGAACGGCAUUUCUUUUUUCUAUGAUGACGUCAUCCUCUCCGCUGAUUCCGCCCAGUUUUACACCGAUGCUGCUCCUUCCGCAGGAUACGGGGGCUUUUUUCAGGGCAGCUGGUUCGCUGAGAAAUGGCCUCUUUCGGUUCCUCGGUCAGAAUCUUCGGCUUUUUAUGAAAUAGUCCCCAUUGCUACAGCAUGCUGCCUCUGGGGAAACCAGUGGAAACGCAAGCACAUUGUCGCAUUUUGCGAUAAUGCCGCAGUUGUAGAAGCUAUUAGUAAAGGCCGCUCUUCUUCCAAGUCUAUUAUGCCUUUUCUUCGUCGUAUUACAUGGCAAUCCGUGAUCAACAAUUUCAUCCUCUCUGCGCGUCACAUUCCAGGUCAUUCUAACGCCAUUGCCGAUGCUCUGUCUCGUCUUCAAUUUCAGACCUUUCGUCGCCUCUGCCCUUCAGCCGACCUCCUCCCGACGCCUGUUCCCUCCUUCGACAACCUCAUCCUGAAUUAAUCUCCCCUUCUCUUUUACCCUUGCUCCAGUUGGCUAACUUUUACAUUAAAAAUGGCCUCGCUCAUUCUACGUUCAAAUCUUACACCUUCGCCUGGCACAAGUUUGCAAACUUCUGCUCUGUUCACAAGACCCCACUUUAUCCCGUUCAAGUUAGCUCAGUCAUCGCUUUCAUUACCCAUUGCUUCGUUCAUCUUAAUCUGAAGCCCUCUUAUAUCCGCAGUCUCGUCGCAGGUAUAAAUUUUUUCUCCCAACUUUCCCAGUCUUCCUCUUCUGUUAGCUUUUUUCGUGACAAUGUUAUAAAGCUUCUGUUAAAGGGUAUUUCUAACGUUCGUCCUUCCCUCCCAGAUAGUAGAAAACCUAUCACCCUUCCCAUUCUCAUUAAGUUACUCAAUGCCCUUCGACUCAGUUCCUACUCUCCUUAUCUCCAGAGCCUCCUCUCGAGUUCGUUUCUUUUAGCUUUUUAUGGGCUCCUUCGUCUAAGCGAGUUCACGUCCCCAAAUACCACAUUCAUCCCUUCUAGAGACUUAGCGGUUUCUGACCUCAGUUUCCACGUUAAUUAUUACAGCUUAUCCCUCAAGCAUACUAAAUCUAAAGGCGCAUGCACCAUCGUCAUAGCUCGUACCGAUGGUCCGUUCUGCCCUUUUUUAGCCAUGUUCAAAUUCGCGCUCUUAAGACACAAAUUGAGUUUUUCCCCCGAACCCCUGUUCCUAACCCCCGAAGGUUUCCCCAUGUCCUCGGCCUGGUUCCUAAAGCACCUGAAGCUACUUCUAGCCGCAUCCAACCUCCCUCCUAGCCAAUUCUCAGGCCACUCCUUUAGAAUAGGAGCGGCUACAUCCGCAGCCGCGCAGGGUAUUCCCACGUCAACCCUCCAGCAACUCGGCCGAUGGUCGUCUUCAGCUUUCGCAUCCUACAUUCGUCCAGACCUCUUAGCCGUUCUCGCAGCUCAACGGUCUCUCAGUGCCUAGGUUCCAUUUCAAGCAAUCCCACCUCUUGUCCCUGCCGGCUACCAACUUUAUCCGCCUAACGCCGCAUCAUGUCAGUAACCCCUCAGCUGGCCUACAUCUACCAGCCCAACUUCGCGUCACGCCAAUAACACCCCAGCUGGCCUUCAUCUACCAGCCCGACUCCACACCAGUCUCUCCAGAUUGAAAUGAAGCCUAGGCGCAAGUUCAAGCUGGAAGACUUCCGCUCCACCCAUUCCAUCUAAUUACUGCGUCAUCUUCAUCACUGGACCUCGACCCGCCUUCUCCAAUCUUCAAUCAAGCUCUGUUAAAAGGCUCCACACCCACGCCGCCAGUUGCUUUCCAGCUUUGCUCAACCCACCUCCUCCCCUUCUCCACCAGCAUUUCAAGUCGUCAUCUUUCCCAACCUCCACCACCAGUGUCGGGCCCCGGGGGAGUAUCCCUAUUCAGCGUUGAUGGGCUCAUCUGAAUUCGCCGGAAUUCACUGCUCAAAUCUCCAGCCGGGGCCCGAGCGCCAAAGAAUUGUUAUUCAUCUUUUGUCAAUAAAUUUCCUAAUUGUU